AUGUCAGCUAAACUAAGAUCACAACCAAUUCCAGUUGUACCUCAUACACGAAUUGAAGAGGAAAGCGAUCUAGAUAAAAUUUAUCAUCGCGUCAAAACUUUAGGUAAAGGAGGUUUUGGUGUUGUAUAUAAGGCAGUCCAUCGUCAAAGUGGACGCCACUGGGCUAUUAAAAUCAUCCAUAAAGAAAAGGCUGGUAGCUCAGCUAUUCGUAAUCUCGAGCGCGAAGUAAAUAUCAUGAAAAUGGUACAACAUGAACAUAUUGUCAAAUUACAUGAAGUUUACGAAACAUCCAAGCAAAUGUAUUUGGUUAUGGAAUUAUGCGAUGGUGGAGAGAUAUUGAUCGAUUUAAAAAAUCGUGGUUCUUAUACAGAAAAUCAAACAAGAACUAUUAUGAAGCGGCUAGCAAGCGCUGUAGCUUAUCUAGACGAUCACAAUAUCGUCCAUCGGGAUUUGAAAUUAGCCAAUAUAUUACUGAAAAAGUCAGGAGAUGAGCGUUCACUGAAUAUUAAGGUGAGCGAUUUUGGAUUAGCUUGCAUAGUUUUGGAUCAAUCUGGUUAUGCUAUGAUGCAGACUACUUGUGGCACUCCAUUAUAUAUGGCUCCUGAAGUUAUUAAUGAUUUAGGCUAUACGCGAAAAUGUGACGUUUGGAGUAUUGGAGUCAUCAUGUAUAUGUUAUUAUGCGGUGAAGGCCCUUUUAUUGCAGAUGAUGAAGAUAAACUUUUUGAAUUAAUUAAGAAGGGAGAAAUUACUUUUAAUCAACCAAUUUGGAAGACCGUUAGUGAUUCCGCCAAAGAACUGCUCCAACGUAUUUUAUGUGUUAAUACUGCAAAACGCUAUACUGCAAAGGAAAUUCUCAAUCAUUCAUGGAUUACUGUAUGUGUUUGA